CCUCCCGCACCACCGGAGGAAACUUAAACCACCACCAGGUCACUCCCCUUCACUACAGCUCAGCGCUUCAGGACAUCAGCACAAGCAGCCCAGCACACUCCUGCUCCCACAGGUGCCAGGACCGGUCCCAGCCCACACGAGCCCUCUGUAUCGGUGACACCACCUGGAAGAGACCCAAGAUGUUGGUGCUACUGGCUGGUAUCUUUGUGGUUCACAUCGCCACUGUCAUCAUGCUCUUUGUCUCCACCAUUUCCAACGUUUGGAUGGUGGGUUCUUCCAACUUUGGAGCAGCCACAUCAGGACUUUGGCAACUGUGCAACAAAACCUGUGUAGACCUGCUAGUUAAUAGUGAUGAUGAAGCUUCCCUCAAAACCGUGCAAGCAUUUAUGAUCCUCUCAAUCAUAUUUUCCGUCAUCGCACUUAUCAUGUUCAUUGUCCAGCUUUUCACUCUGGAGAAGGGCAAACGUUUCUACAUCACUGGAGCCUUCAUGCUGGUUUGCUGGCUCUGCAUUCUGAUUGGAGUCUCCAUUUACACAGCUCGGUUCACAGGCCGGAUACCCUUCUCCACAAAUACUCACCACGGCUACUGCUUCAUACUGGCCUGGAUCUGCUUUUGCUUCAGUUUCAUCAUUGGCAUCCUCUACCUUGUUCUUAGGAAAAAAUAAGGCUGAUGGGUGUCCAGGGGAGAGGGUUGGCUACUGGGAAUGGGGAAGAAUUGCUCUGCUGAAAGAAUUGCUGAGAGAAAGAGAUGGAAACACUCACCAUCAUCACUACUGCCACCACCACAGAAAAAUCACUAACAAAGCUAGAAUCCUAAGAAACUCCUCCAAAACCGGGGAGAAACAACUCCAACUGGCCUAGCAGUUCCUGGGGCUGUUGCACCAGAAACCUUCAGGUGACCCAGACUGCUGUUGUCUUAUUAUACAAAGUUAUGUCAUAACUUCACAAAGCUUCAGACUCAGCAGUGAUGAUUGAAGAGUACCACAAAAACAAGGGCUAAAUCUGUUUCCCUUCCUAGAGCCCUUCUCACUUACCUUUCGGUGUGUCUUGUGGGUUGGGCAUUGAGGCUUAUGGCUCCUUUUUUGUCCAUUCAAACAAAUGGGAUGGGCCUUUUGUUACAUUUAUAUAUAUAUAUGUAUAUGCACAUAUGUGAAAGUUAGAGACAUUAAACCGAGAAACAACCCAAUAGAAAUCAGAUUAAGUUAGUAAUAAAAAUAUCUCAAGAAAUAAGGCAGCAGUUUAUUGGGAUUUUUUUGCUGCUCUGUUUAUUAUUUGAUAUUCCCAUUGUUGAAUCAAAUUCAGGGAGGAAAGGCAAAUAUACAGGUGUGGAUGAUGGAGGAAGGGAGACAGACAGAGAAAGAGAGAGAUAAAAUGUGGGGGUGAAGAUACACAGGGGUCCUAAUUACAGAGAAUGCAGUUGCUCAAUGAUGCACAUGCAGGGAGGCAGUUGUUUGGGUGUGUCUCUACACUAAAAUAUUCUGUUCAGCUCCAGAACAUGGUAACAGCACCACCACAUUAUAGAUCUUUACAGAGACAAAUCCUUACCUCUAGGCAGGUUUUUUUUUCCCAUGUUGUCACUUGAGACAUGGUAUUAAUUGGGAGCCCCACCUUGUGACACAGCUUAUCUCAAAGGCAGAUGACACAGGGUAGCAGAGGAAAUGUAUUCCCUAAUGAGAGAUUUGAAGAGAUAAAGCAGGGCUUGUGAGUUCUUGCUUCACAGCCUUCGGCUGGUCACUUAACCCUGUACUUUUCCAUCUGCCGAAUUCUUCCAUAAAACUAUACCUACCUCCCCAGGUUGCUGAGAGAUUUUAAGUCCACUCUGUAAUACAAGGUCCCCAUGUAAAAGGCUGGCAUGGGAAAGUAAGGCAGUGGUACUUCUGCAACCUACAAAUUUCUAUCAGUUUGAAGGACCUCAGUUACAGUGGCAUUUAUAAAGUAUAAGAGGUUAAAACUUCCUGUGAUUCCAUCCACAACAGAGAGUAUAAAAAACCACGAAGGUGCAGAUUGCUCAUGGAUGCUAUUUACUUCUCUUUCUCUCUCUUUCUCUCUCUUUCUCUUUCUGUUACAUUUUCUUUUUAUGUAGACUUUGUCAGUUUGGUGGUUAUAUUCUAGUACUGUAUGUUGCUGUUUAUUAACAAAGGUUAUUUCAUAUAUAGUCAUUGUAAAUAUUUUGAAAUGCAUAUUUUUAACUUUGAGGGUAUAAAAAUAAAAUCUGAUUCCCUUUAU